AUGGCCUGCAGGGAACCGGAACCCUCCCUCCCCGGAGCCUUCAGCAUCCUAGGCGCGGUGGGCCGGGACAAGCUCUUGCAUCUGAAACACAAACUGAGGACACUGCAGGCGAGCUGCCGGGGGGCUGGCCUGCUGCGCGCCAUGGUGCUCUUGACGCUGGACCAGGACACCGAGGCCCGCCUCGCCCUGGAGAUGCUGAGGACGGAUGCAGCGGCCCAGUUUGUGGCCCGCCAGUGGGCCAGUGCGGACAUCACUGAGGCCCCGGAGGAGGCGCCAGACAUAUCCUGGACAGUUGCCUGCGUCUACCACCUGCUGGCCAAGGAGAAACUGUGUCCGGCGUCACUGCGGGAGGCCGCCUACCGAGCUGCCCUCCAGGCCCUCAGCUCCGCGGACGACCCCCGGCUGCCGGAACUCCAGGCAGAGGCCCGUGACCGGUGUGGGUGGGACGUCGGCAACCCGGGGGGCUUCCAGCCCCUGCGCUCCAGUCUGAGUGGCCUCCCGCCACCCUCAGCAUCACGCUCAGGGACCCGGAGCCUUCCUCAACCCAUCAGGGAUCCCUCGGGUUGGAGCCGGGCAGGUUCCCUGAAGUCCACGGGCAGCCCCGCCUCUCUGGCCAGCAACCUGGAGAUCAGCCAGUCACCCACCAUGGUCUUCCUCACCCAGCCCCACAGCCCCCCCGGGCCCAGCAAGCUCUGUGAUGAGCCCCAGGCCAGCCUCAGGCCCGAGCCUGCCCCCACGGGCUGCCAGGAGCCCGAGCAGGUGAGCUGGCCCCCCUCCAUGGACAAUGACCCCCCUCUGGAGCGGCCGCACAGUCCAGCCCCCCAGCUGCCUGUGGUGGCCCCAGAUCCAAGUCCUGCUGGCCUUCCUGACCCCUCAACACCUCCGAAAUCCAGAGCCCACUAUCCGGAGGAGUGUACCAAGGUGUCUGAGGCACCCCAAUCUCUCCUCUCACCCCCCCAGUCUCUCCCCUCUCGCGUCCUGGAGCCCACUGACAAUGCUACGGAAAGUGGGAUAUCACUCCCGCUUUCUGUAGAAGACACUGCCCCCCAGAAAAGCAAGCUGUGCCCACCUCCUCCCUCGGCCCCCCAGAUGCCCUCUCCCUUCCCCCCUCCUUCUCCAUCACCCGCGUACGCGGCUCCCCCAGCCUCCUCGUCCUCAGCCCCCCCGGCCCCAGAGUUGGAGUCCUCGGAGCAGAAGUUCUAUAACUUCGUGGUCCUCCACGCCAGGGCCGAUGAGCACGUGGCCCUGCGUGUCCGCGAGAGGCUCGAGCAGCUGGGCGUGCCGGAUGGGGCCACCUUCUGUGAGGACUUCCAGGUGCCUGGGUGCGGCGAGCUGAACUGCCUGCAAGACGCCAUAGACCACUCAGCCUUCACCAUUCUGCUGCUCACUCCCAACUUUGACUGCCGCCUGAGCCUACACCAGGUGACUCAGGCCCUGAUGAGCAGCUUCGUGCGGCGCGGCUGGCAGGACUCCGUCAUCCCCUUCCAGCCCCUGGAGACGUCCCAGCUCAGCUCCGACGUGUCCAGGCUGCUUUCCAGCCUCGUGUGCUUGGACGAACACUCCCAGCUCUUCGAAAGGAAGGUGAAAAACACCUUCAAGAGGCAGAAGCUGCAGGAGCGCAAGGCAAACUGGAAGAAGGAGCAGGAGGUCCGGGCCGUCCGGGAGCACAGCCAGCGCUUGGACGGUGAGCGACAGCAGGUGGCAGAGAUGAACGUUGCCUGCUCUGCCUACUGGCAGAGCUACCUGGCCUGGCAGGCGCAGAUGGAGAAGCUGCAUGCGACUUUGAGAACUCAGAUGUCUCUCGGGACUCAAAUGCCCCCCGGGGCUCAGAUGCCCUUUUGCGGGCAGGUGCCCCUGGGGUUCCAGCCGCCCUUGCCUACCUGGCCAGGCUACCCUCAGCCACCCCUGUCUCCGUGGCUGGCUGGCACCCCUCCACCUGCCUUCCCGCAGCCCUCCGCCUUCCUGCCAGCCUUCCCUGGGCCCCCUCAGAGCCCUGGGCUGCAGCCCCUCAUCAUCCACCAUGCUCAGAUGGUCCAGCUGGGGCUCAACAACCAGAUGUGGGGGCAGAGUGGAGCCCAGGCCCCUGAGGACAAGACCCAAGAAGCAGAAUGA